ACUUCCCAAGCGGGGCUGGCUGGGUGGGAACAAGCUCCUCGCCGCCUCCCGAGCGCUGGCUGCGAACACACGGCCGCCCGCCCGGAACUCCCUUCAGCCCCGUGGCGGAGCCCUGCGUUUUCCCAGCGGAGCCGGGCCCGGGGCAGCUCCCUCGCGGGCGGGGCUCACCUGUCCCGGCCCGGCCCCCUCCCGCGCCCCAGGUGGCUCAGGGCGGGGAGGAACCGCGCCCCGCCCCGCGCGGCCGCAGCCAACGCCAGCCCCAGGCGGGCGCGCGGGGAGCCGGCGCUGGGAGCCGGGCGAGGGCGCCGAGAGGCCCGGCGGGCGUGGGCGGCGAGAUAUGCCACACUUCUGCAGGCCUUUGGCAACCCUCCUGGACUAGGCUGCUCUUGUUAAUCACAUGGAUGUUGCUGAUUACUCUGAGUGUAAACCUUUUCACUGUUCCCGAGAGGAGCCUGACAACCACAUUCUGUUUCUCAAGAUAGAAGAGUUUGGACCACCCAGCACACAAGGUCAGCAUGCUGCUCCUCUGUCACACUCUGGCUAUAGCUGUUGUCCAGAUCAUUAUCUUCUCCGAAAGCUGGGCAUUUGCCAAGAAUAUCAACUUCUAUAAUGUGAGGCCUCCUCUCGAUCCUACACCAUUUCCAAAUAGCUUCAAGUGCUUUACUUGUGAAAAUGCAGGGGAUAAUUAUAACUGCAAUCGAUGGGCAGAAGACAAAUGGUGUCCACAAAAUACACAGUACUGUUUGACAGUUCAUCACUUCACCAGCCACGGAAGAAGCACAUCCAUCACCAAAAAGUGUGCUUCUAGAAGUGAAUGUCAUUUUGUCGGUUGCCACCACAGCCGAGAUUCUGAACAUACGGAGUGUAGGUCUUGCUGUGAAGGAAUGAUCUGCAAUGUAGAACUACCCACCAAUCACACUAAUGCAGUGUUUGCCGUCAUGCACGCUCAGAGAACAUCUGGCAGCAGUGCACCCACACCCUACCUUCCAGUGCUUGCUGGGGUCUUUGUGCUUCCAUUGCUAUGAUGCCACCAUUCCUAGGAGAGGCAGAGACCAGCCUCUAACGUGCAAGCCAAAAACUGUGCGAAUGGUGAACUUUGGAGAGAAGAUCAGCCUUGCACUUGGUGAAGAGUGCACAUUGGACCCCAAGGCAAAAGCCAGUGGUUUUCUUUGCUAAAAUGUUCCCACAUGAGGCCACAGGAUUGAGGAUGGGAGUUUGGCGGGGCCUGAGAAGAUGGUCUGACUUCCAGGCUUCCUGGUCAAAGGGAGCUAGAGGAUCCUGGCAACUAGUCCCACCUGGCUAGGCCUUUAGCUGAAAGGAUUUCUUGACCUCCUUGGCUCCCUCAGAGGCUGCCAGGUCAAACCCUCUUGUUUAUGUGAUUAGCUCAGAGCGUCUCUGUGAAAUCUAACCCUCCCCAUCACGAGCAAGCAAUUUUCCCCACCAACAGCAUAGUCAAUGAGAAAGGCAACUGUACGAAGAAAACUUUCAGUUGAAUGAGUAUGAAAUCUAUUUGCUAAUUGUGGGGGGAAAUAAAGCUUCUAAAUUAUACAAUGUAAA